GCCCAGCCGGAGUGAGGGAGCGCGCGCGCGGCGCCGGCCGGCGGGAAGCCCGCGGCUCCCGGGACCUGCAACAGCCCCGGGCGCGCAGAGCUCCCCGCGGGGACCGUCCUGGGUGCAGUCCCGGAGAGAGGAGGAGCUGUGGGGCACGGCCAGCCCCCACAGACCCCGUCUGGGCCCUCCAGUGCCCGCCCCGGGCAGGCCGACAGCCCACAGCAGCCACCGCCCUGCGGCUGGCUGCAAGGCAGAGUCAGCUGCAGGGAUCCCUGAGAGAGGGCCAGGGACACGGCAGAGACCUGGGGGGAAGUCCUUUCUGACCCGCGGAGGGCCAAGACUUUCCGUGAGUCGCAGCCUUGGCUGCAGCGGCUCUCCGCCUCUGAGGGAAAAAUUCCCUCCUGGCCCCAUAUGGGGCCCAGAAAAGCCCUGAAGCCUGGGCAGUCCCCACAGCAGAGCGCAGGCGUGGCACGCACAGGUCCUCUCCGACCAUUGCCCAUCAGCCUCGCGGACAGGCUCCAGGUUCCCCAGAUGUCUGGUCCGCUGCCUCUGUUUUGACACUGAAGACGUUUUUCCUGACAUCCCCAUCGAACCCUCUGCUGUAACCGACGGGUCUGUGUCCAACUCUGCACCCAGAGCCAGAGGGCAUUUCCCUCUUCUAACAAAGGAAAGUUUCCUAUAUCCCUCCCUCCCUCCCAGUAUGUUUUCAGUUUUAUACCUGAAAGGCCGAGAGGGAUCAGAGUAUCAAGAUAACGCCUAGUUAACACUGUUAAAACCAACAGUGGGGCAAAUUCUUCUCAAAAUUAUGCCCACCAGAUAAAUAUUAUAAAUUGUUAAAUAACGGGUGUAUAAUUUACACUUUUCCAUUUUAGCAAACAUGUCAUAAAUAUAUUGAAGACAUGAUCCUUGGUUUUCAUGGGGAAAUGAGAUAGUUGCAUUUAUUUUGUUGGUUUAACUUAAUUAUAAAUUAGCAAUUAUGACUCUGCAACAAUUAAUUUCAAAUGCUCUUUAAUGGAGACAAUCAAAACUCUAAUUACUAGCACAUAUGGGGUUGAUUUUGAGGGGGGGGGGUUGGUUUUGUUUACAGUGGCUUUUAAAAAGAAAAAGACUUUGGACUUUAGGGAUGGUCCUGCUUUGAGCAGGGGGUCAGACUAGACGGCCUCCUGACGUGCCUUCCAACCCUAAAUUUCUAUGAUUCAAUGAUACUGUAAUCCUUUGUUAGGGUUCCUGCUGACGCUGACUAUUAAAGGAAGGAAGAUAUUCCUAGUGCUUUUAGCAGUCUGCAUUUUUUUCAGCAGAAUCACAAACAACAAAUCCACAUAGUCCCCUAUCAAUUUCAGAGACAAGGCAAAGAAGCUGUUUUGAGUUUAGCUGUAUGGUGUAAUAUGACUCUGCCAGAGCAUACGGAAGGCAGGUGAAUGAUGCUGGAAGAGAGCCUUAUAGUCAGACUAAAGAUGCGAUGAAAUGCUCCUAUUAUGAUUCUGAAAUCCACGGAGCAGAGAAGGUGGUUACUUGAUCCCCCCUGUCUGAACCUCAUUGUUGCAGUUUUUCAAAUUUGAAUAUUCAGGACUCCUAUAAAGGUAAUUUAAGGGGAUAGAACCAUGGGACAAGAAUCGGGACUCGGAGGCAGACAUGGGCAACAAGCAAACCAUUUUUACUCCAGAGCAGCUAGAUGCUUAUCAGGACUGCACAUUUUUUACAAGGAAAGAAAUUCUGAGGCUGUUUUACAGGUACAGAGAUCUGGCCCCACAGCUAGUCCCACUUGACUACUCAGAUAAACCAGAUGUGAUGCUUCCCUAUGAACUCAUCAGCAGCAUGCCAGAGCUGAAGGAUAAUCCAUUUCGCCAGCGGAUAGCAGAGGUUUUCUCAGAGGAUGGAGAAGGCAAUAUGACUUUAGAUGAUUUUUUAGACAUGUUUUCAGUGUUGAGUGAAAUGGCUCCCAGAGAUCUCAAAGCUUAUUAUGCCUUUAAAAUUUAUGAUUUUAACAAUGAUGAUUAUAUAUGCAAGUCAGACUUGGAAAAAACUGUUAACAAACUGACUCGACAUGAACUUACUCCAGAAGAGGUUAGCCUUGUAUGUGAAAAAGUGAUUGAGGAAGCUGAUCUGGACAAUGAUGGCAAACUUUCCCUAGAAGAUUUUCAGCACAUGAUACUAAGAGCUCCAGACUUUCUCAGGGCUGCUGCUGCCACAGUAAAAGGCUACUGUCACUGAACAACUUCCAGCUAGCUAUGGAAACUGUUUCCUUUCCCUCCGAUCGUUUAAGAAUUUGGCUUAUCUAUUUAAGGCCUUGACUACAGUAUUCCUUAAUAGGUAACGAAGAACAUAAUAAUUGAGACUUACAGUUAUUCCAGCUGGAGCAAGAGACUGUGCUGCCUUUUGGGAAAUCAGAGCCUUCCAACUGCGGUGUGGAGAGCAAGGCAGGGUGCGGGACAGUGGUUUUGUGUUAUCAGGCUCAAAAAAGGAUACGUGUUGAAUACAAAUAAGAAAGGUAUGUUAUCAGUAUCCACAGAUAAGCACGCUAAGACUAAUGCUGACAAAUAAGCUCCUCCUCUUUUGUCUUCAAGAGGAGGCUGGACAGAUAUUUGGCUGGGGCAAUAUGGCCCUGGCACCUGUUCCUGCCUGGGGCAGGAGGUCAGACCUGAUGAUCUGUUUAGGUCCCUUCCAACCCUAAGCACUAUGAAACAAGUGUAACAUAACCGUGAUUUCCUUCAGGAGCAACUGGUCAUUACUGACUAGCAGCAGCUGUAACACGAUGAAAGAGCGGGCAUAUUUAUUGUGGGUUGCAAAACAUGAUCUUGCAUUUUACCAAUAUGCACAUCAUUAUUUUUGGUUGUCAGGAUCUGGUAUCAUUUGUAGCUGAUUAUCUCAUAACACUUUUUCAACUCAUUGACAAUAAUAUGUUAAUUGCACUGUAUUGUUGCCAGAUAUUGCAAUAGAUAAGAUUUUUUUUUUUUAGUGGCAUCCUUUAUUGGACCUACUACCAGCUUUUGAAUGCAAGACACCUUCAUCAGGACCUGAUGAAGAAUGACAAAGCAUGUCUUGCAUUCAGAAGUUUGUCGAACUCUAUCCCAACUAUGCCGUUGGUCCAAUAAAAGAAUUCACCCUAAGAAGUCCUUGCCUCUUGCAUAAUCCCUGGCCCAUCAUAGCUACAACAUCACUCUAAUACUACCAUAUACUGCAAAUAAAUUAAAAUUGUGUUGUCAAAUACAGUGGAAAUGUAAAGCACCAAUUUCUCUAAUCUAUUUUAUAGGCAACCAGUGGGAUAAUUAAUGGGAUGUCAGACAAAGAAAGAAGAAUGUGAUUGUUUAAACACUCUGAAGGAGCAAAACAAGUUUCAGUAAUUCAGUGAUCUAUGCAGCAGAGCUGCUACUGUUGGCAAUAAGCAUGCUGGCCUGCAGGUGAGAAUUAUGCAGGAGGAAAGGUACGCGGGGGUGGGGGAAAUGAUGAUGAUGGCUCAAGGUUUGGGUGCCAGAACCCUGUGCUCUGAAAUGGACACCUAAAAAGAGAGUUUCUCUUGGCCAUAUUGAAUUCAUACCUUUAAGUAAUAGGAGAGGUGUUUGGGUGAGAAAUUUUCUUGGGCAUAAAAUAAACAAAAAACAAAACCCAGUUUACCACAGAUACUUGUAUAUACUCAUCAUGGUUCACUUCCUGCAAUUAUAAGCAACUAGAUUUUACAUAUUGAUGCCAUCUUAAUACAUUUAGUUACAGAAUAAUUUUUUGAACCAGUACUUUGUACAGUAGCAGAUGCAUGGAAGUCUGUAGUCCUAUUAUUUACAAAUUUGAAACAAAGUCAUUUUAUGAUUAAGAAAUACCAACUGUUGUUGAGUUAGUAGGUAUCAGUUUUUACUUUGACAUGUCAGGUACACAGACUGAGGUGGACACAGGGUUAUAUUACAAAACAGAAGGGAGUGCAAAAAGGAAAGACCAGUAACAAAGUGGAGACUGACUGGAAUGACAUCUUCCACAACACUACUGGGGGACAGUUUUAUGAAAUUUAGCACCAAGUUGGUAAUUAGUCUAUAAAUAUCAGGUGCAUAACUAAAGUUUUGAUUUCAAAUAUUAAUUUCAGUUUAUGAAGUUAUUUCAUAUCCUGUUAAUUAGAUUUUAAAAUGAUGGUGCAGUAAACAAGCACCUGAAGUCAUGGACUGAAUCAAACAGUAUUUAACAAAACAGCUAUAAUUUAAUAUAGAAGUCAGUUAAAUUGCAAGAUUUGUAGUUUUAAUGCUAUUGGUGGAACUGGCAAAAUUAACAGACAUUAUGACAAGUUUCUCCAAGAAGCUAAAACAGGGUGCUCAGAACAAGGGAAUGUAUAAAAUAAUAAAAAGUGAAGCAGUCCACUCGGUUCUGAAGUAAGACCAACCUUGUUACUAAACCAUUCUUACAGUUACAAGAUACUCAUUUGCACUUUAUUCCUCUUAGGAAGUCUAAUACAUUUUUCAUUGUUCCAAAACUUGAUGUAGCAGAACUCAAAUUUUGGUCAUUAUGCUUUCAUAGCACUCAUGUUAACAUAAAAUUUGCAAUAACUGGAUAACACUUCCACCAAAUAGGCAACAAUAAUUGUUCGUUAAGGAAAGUGGUUUCAUUAUGAAAAGGAAAUCACAAUCCUAUUAAAUAGACAUAUAAACAUGUGCAACCACCAACAUAAAUGUAAAAAAAGGAUAUUCACAUGGGGAGGGCAUGGCACAAGAAAAUUUUAAUUUAAAGAGGGCUAUCUUAGUAUCAAUAAUAUGCAUAGUGAAGAUCAGAAUUCCAUCCUUCAAACCUUCCUAUUUGCAAGUAAAUAUUCCCUGCCCUCCCAGAUUUAUCACAAUUAAUUUGAAGAUGGAUGCUGUCAGUAAGAGACCAUCUAGUAGUGCAGCAUAUUGGAUUACCAGCUACUUUUCACUUACCUGCCAAACAAACACACACAUUGAUUGCAACAUCCAAUACCACCGGGUGUGCUGAUACUGGAGGGUGAACAUUUAUUAUCUGCGGCCAAUUCAAAAACUAAACAUGUUCAGCACCAGGGACUUAGCACAGAAAAUGAUUUCAUGGUCCAUUAUAAUCUACCUCAAGGGUGGCCAGCCUGGAGCAUGUGUACCACAAGUGGCAUAGGCAACCACUGUGUGGGGCACACAGAAGACUGUGAGGGGGCAGGCAGCACAGUAACAGAUGGGGGCAGGAAGCAGAAAGUGUACUAGAUCAGGGAAGAGGAAGGGGAUUGGAGUGGUACUUGGAGAGGGUGCGUGGGUAAUCUGUGGCAUGUCUGCCAAAAAAGUUGCCCCCCACCACUGAUCUAGCUGAUACUUGCUAAAUUUCUGCACUUCACUGGUGAUACUGAUCCUCCUGAAUGACUUUGUUCCUCCAUUGUCAAGUUUUCACUGCUUCUCUUUUUUCUGUUGGCUACCUGAUACUUUAUCUUACAUCCUGUUUCUGUCUACGCAUGGAGUUUUACACAAGCUUCUGUUCCAUCUGCUACUUAGCUCUGCUGUUUGCUUCUCUCCCAGAGACCUGAGCAAGGGUACUGUGAUAUCUGAAAGCCUGUCUUAUGUCUAUCCCAACCAUGCAGUUGGUCCAAUAAAAGAUAUCAUCCACACAAACCAUUGCCUCUAAACAUUUUAAUAUAUUUAUCAAAACUAUUCCUGUAUCUCACUGAACUCCUUCUCUCUCAAGUGUACAAAAUAUACAGAGUAAAAAAAAAUCUUUAUUGCCUAUGCUGUAGUUUGCAUUAGCUAUAACAUUAAAUGCACAGACUGAAAGGGUCCCUAAAUAUGUUGGCAUGAUUGAAUUGUUUUACUUUUAAAACCAUCUCGACCCAUUGCAGAAGAUGGCUGCACACAUUCACCAAAAAAAACUCAUUCAAAAAAAAAAAAAAAAAAAUCUGAGAGAUUUUUCUGCAGAACAGUUUGGUACAUAAACAUUUGUUAAUGAACAAGACAGCUCAUUUAAAACAUUCAAUCCACUAGCCCUAAGAAAGAAAACCCUUUUAUAUGCCAUUAGCUGUAAACUUACUUUCAGUUACAUGGUAGACAUAACAAAGAAUGAAGUUUCUUCCUCAUGUAUUCAAUCUGAGCCUGACAGAGCUCUUGUUAGGUACCUAUACCUACAGAGUUACUUUUUAUACAGAAGCUGCUUGACAGACCUAGGACUUGCAAGUACUAUUACAAGAAAUGAGGCUGGGGCAUAUUCACACAAAUUUGAAGGACACAGUAUAAAGGAGUUAACUAAUUUUAACAUUAACUUUAAUCAUUUCCCUUUAGGUGCAGUUGUCAAGGUAAGCAAAGCACAUUAACAGUUCCAGGGAGAUUCAGAACAUUGCCAAUAUGUUCAUUCUUUCCAAAUAUACUAUUUUACUGUUAUGCCGAGUGGUUGACGAUGACAGCAGGCUUCCAAGUAGGUUAGACUUGUCUUUUCCCCCAAUCCAAUUAGGGAAAAUUGAUUUUUAUAUCCAAUAACCUGAAAGCAACUAGCUGCAUAAUAACUUGUAUUAGUUAGCUACUAAAUUCUAUUCACUGAAACGUUAUGCACCGUGUUGGAAGAAUAAAAUAUGCAUUAUAGAGAAGUAUAGUUUUAAGAGUCAACUCCUGCUUCUUAAAUCCCAGUAUUUACACUGCUACACAUAAUUCAAGAAGUUCACUGCUGCUUUAAAUUGUAAAGUAACCACUGCAGGGCAGGAAGAAAAUGUCAUUUAUAAACAUGAAUUUUCAGGAAGUAUGUGUAGGCAGUGUGCUUUUGCAUAUGUGAGCAAAUGUGCACAUGUACAUGCAUGAUUGGAAUGCAGUUUGAUACCUUCUGUUUUUUAGAAACUGGAAAUAACAAUUCUAUGAGAUUUGAGGUCAUUCUCAACUAUGAAAUUAAACAAGGAAAAAAGAACCAUGCACAAAACACACACCUUAUGUUGUCCAUCAUGAUGAUGUGAUUUUUGAUGUAGUGGUCUACAGAUCUGAACCAUGGCCUGUAUUUCCAACAGGUAGAUUGCACAGAUGUAAAAUAUUCUCUCCAGUUAAAGAUACCUAAAUAAUCAAAUGUAUUAUGUGUGGUCAUAUCUACCACAGGAAAAUAAAGCUUCUCUCCAAAUGCCUCAUGUUGAGGAUGUACAAUA